GCUGCUUCAUCUUCUUGGCCUUGGUGUAAAAGUCAAAGCCAAGUUCUGGUGGUUGAGUUCUUUCCAGUUCCUUUUUCCAAUGCCUUCACACUGCAACAUGCGGAAGCCUGAGAAAAUGUUUUUGUUAUUGAACCUGAUGGCUGCAGUUUCUGUCUUGAGUCAAGCAUGGCCAAAUGUGAAGCAUGGUCUGCAGUCAACCAAUGGAGUUAGAUUGGACUGUGCAGGUAAUCUGAUGAGGCUUUCAUUGGAUGAGGCUCUUGCAGUUGGGAAUCAACUUCAAGUGGAAGCAAUCAAUGGCACACAACGUAUUUUGGUGACACCCAGUCUGGCUGCCCAGUGUGGAUACAGCAUGGAGUCUGACCCAUGGGGAAACACCAGGAUCUACAUGUCUCUGUUGGGUUGCUUUAUGGUUAGCAAGGAUGAGUCCACCUUCAGCACCAGCUUGAAACUGCACAUGUACAAGCACAGUCCCUCUGAUGUGGUCAGCCAUGAUGUGACUCAGACCUGCAGCUAUUCUCGCUGGGCCUUCAGAGAUGUCCUCUGUGACAGGAACUACAUGGAAGUGUCAGCUCACAUCGCUCCCAGUCAACAAACAAAAGGACAAGUUCAGAACAAGGACAACUCUCAAACAAAUAAGCUUCCUGGUGACUCCAAUGACGCCCCUGGAAUCUGGAAGAUGACCUUUUACACUCCUGAACCUGUUGCGAUGGUCCUGAAAGAAGCCGAACAAGCUGGUUAUGGUGCAACAAUGAGACAAACUCGCCUGGCAAUCAGAAGCCCCUAUCAUACUUCAGAGACUUAUUCUGAAGAUGUUGCUGGAGUCCCCAUGGAAAUCCUCAAAGUGAGCGUUUACCACAAAACUCAAGAGGGACUGAAUGUUGUCAACUUGGCAGCUGCUUGCCCCACAGGUGGCAUUCUCUUCACUGACGAGUUCAUCUCCUGGCACAUCCCUCGCCGCGUAACUCCUCUAACUGAGGGCAAGGUCAAGAUUGUAGAGCUGUACAUGGGAAUCAAUGGACAGAGGCUGGAAAAGGCUCAAAUAGCUGCAAGAGGUUACUCCCUCUCAACCACAGAGUUCCACAUUGUUGUUGACAUCCCAGUGGGAUCACCUGACGGCUACUACAAGAGCCAUGCUCCAGACUUCCUGUACCACAUCACCUACACCAUUGAGCCAAUGCUUGAAGUUCUAUGGAGGCCAGAGAAUCCCCAAGAAGAAACAAAAUACAAAAUUCUGUUUCCCAUCACAACUCCACCAAUCCUUCAUCCAAUCAACACCUUUGACCGCACAAUCCCAGAAGAGAGGGUGUUUAAUGUUCAUGUGGGGGCUUUCCUUCAUGAUGUGGUGCUGAAGAACAUCACAUUUUCUACUGGAGUCCUUACUGUUGAAGAGUGCAAUGCCAAAGGGUUUGCAGUCCAGGAACAUCUUCUCUCCAACGGCACAAAAGUGUUCUCUAUUCAAGUGGCCUUUGACACCGAUCCCAUCCUGAAGCAUAAUCCUGAGCCCUUGGUUACAACCUACUUCCUCCCUCUGAUCUUUGGUUUUGCUGUUCUGCCUGAGGAUCUCCCUUUUGCCCACAAAGUAGAGUUGCAGGCAUCUCUGCAGGAUGUUGUUCUGCCAACACUCACUGGAACCUGUGACCAGGAGCACUUCUUCGUUUCCGUCAAGUACGGCAGUCAAGGGCAUCACUUCAAGACCAUGGUCGGCCAUCAGGACCUGACACCUGAACUGGGAGAGACACUAGCCUAUCAGGACAAUGGCACACACUUCAGCAUUGUGGUGCCUUAUGCUGCCCCCGUCACUGCAUUUGAGCUGAUCACAACAAACUCAGUCAGAACCAGGCUGAAUAUGCUGCUGUGGGACUCAAUCAACCAAUGGGUUCUUGGAGACCUUUACUUGUCUUGCAGUUUCCCUCUGGCAACAACAAGGUGCUACUCAAAUGGAACAAUCAGUGCCAUCGCUGUCAAAGUAGAGUCUGUGCCAAACCUCAGCCCAAGCUGGCUGACCUUGAAGGACCAGUCAUGCACACCAGCAUUCAUUGAUGACCGCUUUGCUCACUUUGUCUUCCAUGCUGACUCAUGUGGAACCACUAGACUGUUCUUCGACAACUACAUGAUGUACGAAAAUGAAAUCAGGCUGAACUUCAACAGGAAAGGAGUUGCUUACACAUCACCAGUUGAUCCUGAUUACAAGCAAACCAUCUCCUGCUACUAUGUGGUCAAUGAUACCCAGAGAAUCUCCUUUGCUUCUCAACCAAGACUCCAUGAACCCAAAGCAGAGAUUGGAUUCGGACACCUGGUGGUUCAAAUGAGACUAGCUCAGGAUGCUUCAUAUCAAAUCUUCUACCAAACUGAAGACUAUCCAGUUCAGAAGUUCCUGAGGGAGCCUCUCUACUUUGAAGUGGAGCUGAUGCAGUCAAGAGACCCUAAACUGGAACUGGUGCUGGAAAACUGUUGGGCAACAAGCAAAGAAGAGAGGAACUCUCUCCCAAGCUGGGACAUCAUUAUCAAUGGCUGUGAAAACCCAGAUGACAGUUAUGCUGCAGUAUUUCACCCUGUAAUGAAGGACAGCAGAGUUUCAAUCCCAUCUCAUGUCAAGCGCUUCUCCAUCAUGAUGUUCGCCUUCAUCCAGAAUGACCAAGUUCUGAAGGAUGAGAUUCAUGUCCACUGCAAUGUAGUGAUCUGUGAUGCCAACACACCUGCAGAAGGCAUCUGCAAAGGCCAAUGUGGUUACUCAUCUGGCAUUAAGGCACACCAAAGCACAAAAAAGGGACAAAGACCACAAAGCUCAACCAACCACAAGCAGAUCUCCUCUGGGCGUAUUCUGUUGAAUAACUGAAUGUCCAAAUAAAAAUUUCUUAAAUG